AUGGCUUCAGGUGCUACUCCGCGCGACUAUAAGGCCCGUUACCCCCUUGAUCCUUAUGGCCAAGAGAUGUCCGGAAAUGCUCGAAUAUGGUCUAUCUACCUUGAAGAAGCGGCUGAUUUUGAUGCCAAUAUGUUGGCAGAAUGGCGGGAUACCAUCGGUGUCCUACUUGUGUUUGCCGGUCUUUUCUCUGCGGUACUAACAACAUUCGUGGUACAAACGCCGCAAAACAUGCAACCAGAUUACGGCGAGGCAUCAAUGCUCCUUCUCUUUGAAAUCCUCAAGGCCACUGCAUCGAAUCGUUCCCAAUCCUCUAUUCCCUCCUCACCCAUCGCCUUCUUUAGUGCCAGUCGUUCCGAUGAGUGGAUGAACAGCUUGUGGUUCGUGAGUCUAACGUUCAGUCUCAUCACUGCCCUCGUCGCCAUUCUGGUCAAACAAUGGCUCCACCAAUACGUCGCCGUCGUCUCCGACAGCUCUGCGCGCGACCGUGCAAGAAUCCGACACAUGCGAUACGCUGGUCUACAGACGUGGCAGGUGCCGAUGAUCAUCGGCUUGCUUCCGGUCCUCCUUCACAUUUCAUUGGCAUUUUUUUUUCGCUGGCAUGAAAGUGGCGUGGCUAGUAUCGACUACUGGUGCAGCAACAUAUGUGGCCUAUAUCAUUGCCCUAAUCCUUCCCUUCAUAUAUCCCUACUGUCUAUAUAA